ACCCACACUCACCGUUAGAUCUCUCUGCACCGCAUUUAUAAACCCUUUCUACUGCUCCCGCUCCUCACCAUUCGCAGAUCUCUCACUGCAUCUCUACAUCACUUCAAAUUUUGAAUUUCCAUCUCUCUCAGAAGAUCUAGAGUUCACUUAGAUCUAAGGUGAAAAAUGAGAGAGAUUCUUCACAUUCAAGGAGGACAAUGCGGUAACCAGAUCGGAUCCAAGUUCUGGGAGGUGGUCUGCGACGAGCAUGGCAUAGACCCUACCGGAAAGUACAUUGGGACGUCAGAUCUGCAGCUUGAGCGUGUUAAUGUCUACUACAAUGAGGCCUCUUGUGGCAGAUACGUUCCUCGUGCUGUGCUCAUGGAUUUGGAGCCUGGUACAAUGGACAGCGUCCGGACUGGUCCCUAUGGUCAGGUUUUUAGGCCUGAUAACUUCGUUUUUGGACAGUCUGGUGCUGGGAAUAACUGGGCUAAGGGUCACUAUACUGAAGGUGCUGAGCUUAUUGAUGCCGUUCUUGAUGUUGUUCGGAAGGAGGCGGAGAAUUGUGAUUGUCUUCAAGGUUUCCAGGUCUGCCAUUCAUUGGGUGGAGGAACUGGUUCUGGAAUGGGCACCUUGCUCAUUUCAAAGAUUCGAGAGGAGUACCCUGACAGGAUGAUGCUCACUUUCUCUGUAUUCCCCUCCCCGAAGGUUUCUGAUACAGUAGUUGAGCCUUAUAAUGCCACACUCUCUGUUCAUCAGUUGGUGGAGAAUGCAGAUGAGUGCAUGGUUCUGGAUAAUGAGGCUCUUUAUGAUAUCUGCUUCAGGACUCUGAAACUGACCACUCCAAGCUUUGGUGAUCUGAACCACUUGAUCUCUGCAACUAUGAGUGGAGUAACUUGCUGCCUCAGGUUCCCUGGUCAACUCAACUCGGACCUGCGAAAGCUUGCUGUGAAUCUUAUCCCUUUCCCUCGUCUCCACUUCUUCAUGGUUGGUUUUGCUCCCCUGACCUCUCGUGGAUCUCAGCAGUACCGUGCCCUAACAGUCCCAGAAUUGACUCAACAAAUGUGGGAUGCCAAGAACAUGAUGUGUGCUGCUGAUCCAAGGCAUGGACGUUAUCUUACUGCCUCUGCCAUGUUCCGUGGAAAGAUGAGCACCAAGGAAGUUGAUGAGCAGAUGAUCAAUGUCCAAAACAAAAACUCAUCAUACUUUGUUGAGUGGAUUCCAAAUAAUGUGAAAUCCAGCGUCUGUGACAUUCCACCUAGGGGCCUCUCCAUGUCAUCCACCUUCAUUGGGAACUCUACCUCUAUCCAGGAAAUGUUCAGGAGAGUGAGUGAACAAUUCACUGCCAUGUUUAGGAGAAAGGCCUUCUUGCACUGGUAUACUGGUGAAGGAAUGGAUGAGAUGGAGUUUACUGAAGCUGAAAGCAACAUGAAUGAUCUGGUGUCUGAGUACCAGCAGUACCAGGAUGCUACUGCUGAUGAGGAGUAUGAAGAUGAGGAGGAAGAGGAAAUGGAGCACAUGUGAAGGACUACAAAGUAAGAAGUGAUUAUUGGCUUAGCUAUGGUAUAUUAUGGGAAGCUAUUACACAAUCAGCAUUCUAGCUGGUAUCUGGUUAUAAGACGGGAAAUGAACUUCACCAGGAGCAUAAGAACAUUACUCAUUUUCAUUUCCACUAAUUAAGAAGUAAUGACUGGUGAAGGGGCCAAGUUGAAUAAAUGCUUAGAAGUAGCUAUAUGAUCUAUGAUAUCUGUACUGUUCAUUAUAUUAUGUAGUAUGUUGUUAUUUCAUAUUUCAGCUGAUAAAUUUGUACUGUGCACCCUCUCCCUCUCCUAUAAUAUAUGGAGCAUGAUGAUAUUUAUGGACGUUGAAA